GCAGAAGGGAAUGGCUCUGCUGGGCAGUUACUUACUAAUUUAAUCGGCUCGGCACAACAUUGUGGCCGCAGUGCCUGGUCCUGUGCUGUACGCUGGUACUGGCCGAGAGGAGGACAGCCGCUUAAGACUCAACCUGUGAAAUAACCUUCUGGGAGUCCCGAGGCUUAAAUUGAUCAUCAAUCAAUUUAUGCAGACCACAAUUAUCCUUGUUCCUUUGAAAAAAAAAGCAAAGGAACUGAGUUAAAGACUACCGCCUGGUGGCUCUGACAUCUACCCUCAUGAAGUACUUUGAGAGAUUGGCUAUGUGUUGCAUCAACUCCAAAGUUCCAGAUUCCCAGUCGGGCAAAACUCAAGGAUCAGCGAUGGGUGAUCUUGGUCAGAGCUUAACCAGCACCCCAGCAGGGUCUGUGAACUCGGGUACAGAUAACCAGUCGGACACAACUCAGGAAGCACGUGGAUCAGCGAUGGGUGAUCUUGGUCAGAGCUUAACCAGUACCCCAGCAGGGUCUGUGAACUCAGGUACAGAUUCCCAGUUGGACACAACUCGGGAGGCUGAAGGAUCAGUGAUGGAAGAACCUGGUCCAGGGUUGACCACCACUCCAGCAGGGUCAUCAAGUUCCAUUACAGAUUCCUAUUCGGACGCAGCUCGGGAAGCCCAGGAAUCAGUCACUGGAGAACCUGGUCUGGGUUUGACCACAACCCCAGCAGGAUCUUCAAGCUCAGAUGCGUAAGGAUGGUGUGUUGAGCUGCGGCUAUUGCGUCAUUUGUCGAUUGGUUGUGUCGGUAGUACAGGUUCGAGUGGGAUCUGGGAUCAUCCGUGAUGGAAUGGCAGAGCAGAAUCGAUGGGCUGAAUGGCCCAUUUCUGCUCGUUAUUCUUGGUUUUAUGGUCUAAUCUCACCUUAUUAAGACGGUGCAGACUAAGCACUCUUCCCUGCACAUAAACAGUACCGCCACACAGACCGUGAGGAGUAACAAGUUUCUGGGUGUGCACGUAUAGACUGUCUGACCUGGUCCCUAAACACUACUAAUCUUGACAAGAAAGGACAGCAGCGUCUGCACUUCUGGAGGAAAUUAAGGCGAGCACACUCCACCUCAUUCUAGCCUUUGAUUACAUAGGCACUAUUGAACGUGUUCUGACCAGUCGCAUCACCGUCUGGUAGGUGUAAUGCAAGGCGUCUAACACCUAAAUCUAUACAAAGGACGAUGAGGGGAUCAUUGACCUCUCGUUUCCACCCAUCUGAGAUAUUUAUCAGGAGUGCUGUGUACGUAGGGCCCUUAUCAUUGUCAAUUCCACAUCUUUGACCUUCACCCCUACCGCCCCCCCCCUCAGGUAGGGGGUCCCAUAGCGUAAGAACAAGGACAGUGGGGACGGGAUGCAGCUUGUACCCCCAUGCAGUGAGACUACUAAACUCCCCGCUACCACCCAGGUCUCAUCACGUAUCAAGCACAAGUAGCGUUAUACUGUUUACUUUAUAACUUGU